AUGUUCUCUGACAUCUACAAGAUCUGGGAGAUUGCAGACAGACUGUGCCAGGAGGUGGAAGGGAAGAUGGUCAGUAGGACAGAGGGCAACAUUGACUCACUCAUUGAUGAAAAUGCCUCCACUGAAGGCCUGGUGUGCAAAGGUACCAAAAGCACAGUAAUCACCGGUAUUGAUGUUGUCAUGAACCAUCACUUGCAGGACACCAGCUUCACAAAGGAAGCCUAUGAGAAGUACUUCAAAGAUUACAUGAAAUUAAUCAAAGGCAAACUUGAAGAACAUAGGCCAGAGAGAGUAAAACCUUUUAUGACAGGGGCUGCAGAACAAAUCAAGCACGUCCUUGCUAAUUUCUAA